GAUAGCGAUACAUCCGUUUUUUUUCGAUUUUAGUACAUGUGAACACCUAGCCGUUUGCAAACGUGUAUGAAUAACGUUAACUUUAAAUAAUGCCACUUACAUUUAUAAAAAGCCAAAAAGGCAAAAAUAUGCUUAUAAAUAAAGGUUUUUUAUUUAGUAUUCAUGAUGUGUAUGAAACAAAAGUAGUAUGGCGUUGUACCGAGUAUAAAAAGUUGUCAUGUAAAAGCCGAUGUCACACAACAACGAAAGACGAAACGGGAUCGAAUUUAAAUGAAACUGAUCAUUCGCAUGCUCCAAACUUAGCCAAAAUUGAGGCCAAAGAACUGGUGAAUACUAUAAAGGAUACUGCUAUAACAGAAAUAACUUCUACAAGAAAUAUAAUUUCAAAUGUGUUGGGUCAAACUUCUGUUCCGGUAAUUGGACAAUUACCUAUUAUAAAAUCAUUGUCAAGGACUAUUCAAUGGACACGAGUAAUAAAAGAAAAUGCUCCAGUUAAUCCAAGUUAUACCAAAGACUUAAUUAUUCCUGAAAUAUAUAAAUUGACUAACAAAAACGAAACAUUUUUGGCAUACGAUAGUGGUAGUAGUGAAAGCAGAAUUUUAAUUUUUACUACUCAGUACAAUUUAAAUCUGUUCCCUCGAUAUUUUCACAAUUAUAUACAAUUCAUUGUUACACACGUAGCUUAGUUAUUCCAUUAGUGUAUAUAUUAAUGACUAGUCGUACAAAGGAAGUAUACGCUGAAGUUUUAAGGCAAUUGCUUGUAUUAAAACCAGAUCUGAACCCCCUUUAAAAUAGAUUUUGAACAAUCCUUUGUUUCUGCGUUCAAACAAAUUUUUCCUAAUGCUCAUAUAAGUGGAUGUUUUUUUCAUUUUGGCCAGUGUGUAUGGUGUAAAGUACAAUCUACUGGGUUACAAAAGAAAUAUGCAGAAGACUCAACGUUUGCUCUCCAUGUAAAAAAUUAUGUGCUUUAGCAUUUGUGCCAGUCCUUGAUGUAGUAAAAUCUUUUAAUACUAUCCUAGAAUCCCAAUAUUUUAUUGAUAAUGAACAAUUGUUUGAACCUAUAGUAGAUUACUUUGAGGAAACAUGGAUAGGUCGAACAGUUUGUAAUAGAAGAAAAAAACCAUUAUUUCCAAUAGAAAUGUGGAACUGUUAUGACAAUGUAAUUAAUGACCAACCUCGAACAAACAAUGCUGUUGAAGGUUGGCACCAUGCUUUCAAUGUAUCAUUGGGAAGUCAUCAUACGACUAUUUGGAAAUUUAUAUCUUUUUUGAAGCAGGAACAGGGGCUCCAAGAAGCAAAACUAGAAAAAAUUAAUCUGGGGGAAAAUAACCCUACAAAAAAAAUAUAAAAACAUAGACCAACGUCUUAAAAAUACAGUAGAAAACUAUGAAACUUCAAAUAUCAUUACGUAUUUGAAGGGUAUCGCUCAUAAUUUUAAUUUAUAAACAUUUGUAUUCUAUAUUAUUACUUUUAUUAUGACGUUUUUGAAAAUUAUGAAAAUAAAAUAACAACUAAUUAAAAUAAAACUAUAUAUUUAUAUUUUAUAUUUUUUUGUUACCGGACAUUUUUUAGCAGGAUAUUUUUGGUACAAGUUCUUUUUGAACCGGACCAAAUGUCGCGGAUCAUUUGUCGCCGGAUAUUAUUUACCGGAUCAAAUAACGGGUCACCGGUCUAGGCAAGAAUGAUUAACACCCUUUGGCAAUCUGGUGUAAACGUUUAUAAAAGAGAUAAAUGCACUUUCAGAUAACAUAUUAAGAUAUUUAUUAUUAUAUUCAUGUACA